AAAAAACAAAGCAGAGAGAGAGAGAGAGAGAGAGAGAGAGAGAGAGAGAGAGAGAGAAACAUUUCCAGUAAAUUAACAGCAAUAAUAAAUGGAGGAUUAUGUGGUUAAGUUGAUUGGUUACGCCGUAAUAUCAUGGGCAACGUUGUUUCUGGUAUUGAGGAAGCUGUUUCCGAAUCGCUCCUUCGAUUUCUGCAACCGCAUUGUUUCUACUGUUCAUGCUGUUUUAGCUGUCACUUUGGCUUCUCUCUCCGUUCAAAAUUGGAGUUGCCCUGUUUGCCCUUUCGCUUCUAAUUCUUCUCCCAAACAGAUGCAAACCCUAGCUGUAUCCGUGGGGUAUCUGGUAUAUGAUCUGGUGUGCUGCCUUUUCGACAAGAAAAUUAAGCUUGAUAACACCGUUCAUCAUCUAGUCAGCAUUGUUGGUCUUCUUUCUGGACUCGCCUACCAAAGGUGUGGUUCAGAAAUGGUGGCUGCUUUGUGGAUUACAGAAGUGUCAAGCCCAUUACUCCACUUGAGGGAGCUUCUUAAAGAGCUUGGCCACAAAGACACUGACCUCAAUUUAGCUGCUGACAUUGGUUUUGCAGUGAUAUUCACAUUUGCAAGGAUGAUUGGUGGUCCUUAUCUCACUUACGUCACUCUAACUGCUCAUAAUCCACUUCUGAUUAAGGCAAUGGCUUUGGGGCUAAUGCUUGUGAGCGCAUUCUGGUUCUACAAGAUUGCAAGGAUGAUAAGUUACAAAUUGGCUAAGAGGUCCUCAUCAAUUAACAUCAACAAAAACCAGUAAAAAAAUUUAUAUAAAUUGGAUAAAAUGUUAAUUUAAACAUAAACUUGUUGAUCUGUUUUUUUUCUUUUGUUCUUUUAAUGUUGUAAAAAGAACGAAGGUAACACAAAUAUGACAUAUGCAGCCGAAUAUUUACGAUUAGCAUAUAUAUAUUCGUAGAAUAGAUAAUUCGUUUAUAGAGAAAAUUUAAUAUG